AUCAGCAACCAUGAUCUUGUCCUCGUUUGCUUGCCAAGUAGCAUGUAUAGUAUAACCUCCGCAGCCUUCACUGCAACUCGGUUGCUGUCUAGCUUCCACUCUGUUCAAUUCGCAUGGAUGGUCAGCAUUGAGGUAGGGAUACCCAACAUCAAUGCAGAUAUUCGCCUAGUAAUGUUAGUUCAGUAUGACUGCGGCAAAGCAACAAACCAUGGCUUUCAGCGCAUAGGCAUGCCCGACAAUCCGGCUCAAUUCCUGCUGCAGGCACUUUCGAAGCUAGACGCGAAUCAUUUCAAUUGA